AUGUCUCGAGUUCUGGCGGUUUUUGGUGCGACUGGCCACCAGGGAAGCUCUGUUAUCAACAACGUCUUGAACGAUCCAGAACUGUCUCAGCAGUAUUCUCUCCGUGCCAUCACGCGUGAUGCCAACUCAACCAAGGCCAAACAGCUUCAAGACAAGGGUGUUCAAGUCGUCGCUGGAGAUGUGACUGACCGGUCUUCAAUUGAGUCGGCCCUCGCCGGCGCCCACACCAUCUUCGCCAUGACCGCUCCCGACUUCAGUCCCAAUGCCGUCGAGGUUGAGUUUAACAACGCAAAAACCAUUGCUGAUGUUGCUGUCAGCGCGGGCGCCCAGUAUCUCAUCUGGAGCACGCUUCCUUAUGUUCGCAAGAUCUCCAAUGGCAAAUAUACAAAGGUGACGGCCUUUGACGCCAAGGCCAAGGCUGAAGAGUACAUCCGUGGUCUCAAGAUCAAGAGCGCCUUUUUCUCCGGUGGUUUCUUCAUGGAAAAUUUCCAGGAGCAACCGUUUCUAAGCCCGAAGCCGGGACCAAACGGAGUCUGGACCUUUACGCGGCCCAACUCUCCCAACAUCAAGGUUCCCUUCUAUGAUGCUGUCAGCGACACUGGUAAAUUUGUGGGCGCUAUCCUCGCCGAGCCUGAUAAGUUGGAGGGUAAGGUGCUUCACGCGGCCCAAGGUCUAUACACGAUGGAAGAACUUGCGGUCAUUCUCGGCAAGGCCCUCGGCAAGAAGGUAGUGUACAAGCAGGCACCUCUGGAUGAAUUUGUCCAGGGGCUGCCAUUUGCUGGAGGCUUGUACGGGGAUGCAUUUGCAUAUCUGGAGGAGUUUGGGUACUUUGGGCCGGAGACCGAGACCCUGGUUGCAUGGACGGCCGAGAAUGUCCGAGGGAAGCUGACGACUUUUGAGGAGUUUUUCGCAGCUCACCCGUUGGUCUUGCAGUAA